GGCCGCUGGAGCGCGCUGCUCGACUCGUCUCGUGGUGAUUGAAUGCAGCGGAAGGCUGGAGGUCAGAGGUGAACGUUUGACAGAAAAGCUGAAUAUGGAUUCCAUAUUUCAUGAGAAACAAGAGGGCUCUCUCUGCGCCCAACACUGUCUCAACAACCUCCUGCAGGGUGAGUAUUUUACUCCUGUGGAUCUGUCCUCCAUUGCUCAUCAGCUUGAUGAAGAGGAAAGGAUGAGGAUGGCUGAGGGAGGUAUGGCCAGUGAGGAGUAUAGGACCUUCUUACAGCAACCAUCUGGGAACAUGGAUGACAGCGGCUUCUUUUCAAUACAAGUAAUUAGCAAUGCACUGAGAGUGUGGGGCUUGGAGCUAAUCCUCUUCAACAGCCGGGAGUACCAGAGCCUGAUGAUUAAUCCAAUAAAUGAAAAAGCCUUCAUUUGCAACUACAAGGAGCACUGGUUUACUAUACGCAAACUUGGACAACAGUGGUUUAACCUGAAUUCACUGUUGACUGGACCAGAGUUGAUAUCAGACACCUAUCUAGCCCUUUUCCUUGCACAGUUGCAACAAGAAGGUUAUUCCAUAUUUGUGAUCCGAGGAAACCUUCCUGAGUGUGAAGCAGAGCAGAUUCUUGGGAUCAUGAGGGUGCAGCAGCAGCAGCGACCGAGGCUUAUUGGAGAGGAUGAAGCACAGACAAGUGCAGGCAGGUCAGCAGCUAUUAGCCAGGCGGAGAUGGGCUUCAGUGUGGAGGAUGAGGUUGUGGAUGAAGAUGAGGAGCUGAAGAAAGCUCUGGCACUCAGCAGACAGGACAUAGAUGUGGAAGAUGAAGAAGCUGAUCUUCGCAGGGCCAUACAACUUAGCAUGCAAGGAGCAGUGAUGAGCAACAAGUCCUCAGAGUCUGAAAUGGGAAAUGUGAAAUCAGGGAUCCAGGCAGGAGGGAGUGCUGCAGGAGGACAAAGAGAAGGCCAGAAUGAGGCGCUCACCGCCGAGGAACUGCGGAAGAGGAGACAAGCCUAUUUUGAUCGGCAGCAGCAACAAGCUCAGCCGAACAUUCCUCAACAACCAGACACAAAAUCAUCAUCAGGUGGCUCAGGACCAGUAAACACUGGCUCUGAAGAGGACCAACAACAAAAGCCCAGCCAGUGAAUUUGUGCAAGGUUUGCCGAUGUUGUUUACCAGCUGCCAGGAUUGGCAACCCCAUACAGGGGUAGCUUUGCUCCCUCCUCUAACCUUUUGCACAUGCGAACAUAAGGACAGUCAGAGGGCUGACACAUUUCCCCUGGUUAGUUCGCUGACAGGCUAUAGAGAAGAGAACAACGACAAGGAAAAGGCAUCAGUUAGUUCAAUCUAACUCAGUGAGACGCUGGAAAAAAGGGUGACCACAGAACUCAUGAUGCAGUUAAUCCAAGUUUGCAAUUGCCUUUUUACCAUGGCGCCUUCUAUUUCUAUUGUACACUGUUUUUUAUUCUCGUUUUUUUCUCUGCAAGAGAUGGAAAGGAAUCUUCAGCAUACAAAGGGUGUGUUUACUUGUUGGGUGUGAAUACAUACAGAGAUGGGUGUUCUGUGAAAGCCAUAGGAGACCAAUAUUGAGACCACGGUUUGAUAGAUAAUGACGGAGCCCCCUACCAUUACAUUGGACUUGCAUUAACACGUGAUUCCAUCACACGCCCCACCAGAACACCAGUGUAGUUUUGAAAUCAUUUCUUGUACUGAAAUAUCUUUUAGCCAGCAGCACUAACAUGUGUGGGUGAUUUAUUCCUGACUUCAUCAAUCAUUUUACUCAUGAACAUCUAAGAGUGAACUCCCAAGGUAUUUAGACAGCAACAUAUUUUUGAUGUUGGGGUUUUGUUAUUACCUUAAAGUGUAUAAGUAGGCACAAUGAAAUGUAAGAAUACACUGCUCACAAACACUUAGUUUAAGGGUGUUUUGUCUGUUUCUUUGAUGGACUGUGAACAUAAUAAUUCUAUAGAGCUAUUUGCUGAAUCUAAGAUGCUUUUGAUUGAUGCAUAUGUUUCACAUCUUGUUCAGAAUAAGUUAAUGGGGAACAAAGAAGCAAUCUGUAAACACCAUGAAACUGCAGCUGAUAGAUAAAUACGUAGUUCAUUUUUCCACCACAGUAUGAUCACUUAAAACCAAAAAACAUGUCCAACCAGCGACUUCAUCUGUUGUUUCUGCUCAUCAGUAUUUCUCACGAACUGUAUAGGGAACUUAUUAUAAAAUGAUCAUUCUCCUCUGACGUACCUUCACAAACAGUCGAUAGUUUUACCCUGAAAUACUUUUUUAAUGCACUGAUUUGACUUAUCCUGUAUUCCAAUAAUACUUAGAGCAAUGUUGUACACAUCAGUUGUACAAAGAUAAAUUAAUUUGCACAGAGGUUACCUUGGGUUAACGCUGUGGAAGCCUCUGGCUGAUCGAUGAUCUUUGGAAAUGACAUAAAAUAUUGAGAAUGAAGGGCGACUGUUAUUUAACCUCAUAAUUUGUAUAAUUUAAAAUCCAAAGAUGGAACAAAACAUGAAAAAUGUGUCACCGUGCAUACACUUUGAAGAGUUUGUUCUCUUGGUUUUAUCAUUUUAUAAAACCAAAAUCAUGUUGCAACACACACAGUGUUGAUGAACAGACCACAUUACAGCAUUAAAACUGAUGAGUAUGUUUACAGUUAUUAUGUUUUCUAGAACCAAUGACCGUUCAGCAUGGAUUUAUCUUGAUGCCUCCACAAAAGUAUUGGAUGUCGUGCAAAGUUCGACUUCCAAGAAAGUUCCAUGAUCUCAUUAUUUUUUCAUUUCCUUUGGAUCUGUCAGGCUUUUUUUCUAUUCAAAAUGCACUUGCGAAAGAGUAUGAAAUGUUGGUAGUUGGGUUUUUGUCAUUGCAUUAUUUUCACUCACUACAUUCUUACAAUAAGUACUCAUCAUUCUUCUUAUAUUCCACAUGUUACCAUAGCACGUUCUUUCAUUUAAUGUAUUAGUUCUUGUUCCAGGAUUAAAGUGACAUUCACUCCUC